GUGUGAAGUCAAGUUGGUCGAGUAGAAGUUUGGAAUUCCACACAAUCACUACUUUACAUUACUUAGUGAAGGAAGUGUCCGCCACGAGUGUAUGUAUGUAUGUGUUCAUCUAACGAACACUAAAUUUAGCGGUUAUUGUAGUUUUAAUAAUUUGUUUUUAUUAUUAACUAAAAGACUUUAAAGGUGGUGAUAAGCAGUGAAAUACAUUAAGUGAAGUGCGUUUUGUUUGUAUUUUGGUAAUUCUUAAGCCUAUAGAAAUGAAGUACAAUACAAUAAGUUCCAGUAGUCUUGGCAACGAAAGAAAAUCUACAUUAACGAUAUACACUGACACGGAUGUAUCACCAAACAAGGUUAUAUACACCGAAGAAGAAGUCGCUUCUAUUAGAGGAGAGCUUGAAAUAGUCCAAAAGGCUCUAAAACUUCAAACAAAGCGAUGCAGACAACUCGUCACGGAAUAUACACGUAGACUUCAAGAAAAAGAACACAAAUUUCGUACCGAGAAAGCUCUAAGGGAUGAUCAAUUAGCUAAAGUCCUAAGAGCAUUGUUGAUAUUUGAAGCUCGUUUACGUCAAGAACAGAAAUUUAUAAGUCGCCAGUUGAGCGAAAAAGAUACCGUUAUAAAAAAACAAACUAGCGAUAUAAAAAAGUUGUUAUCAAAUCAGUAUUGUAAAAGUUGUAAACAGUAUUACUCUUCCAGUCCGGUUCAAGAAAGCUUAGAUAGUAGUACUGAAUACGUCCUCACGGAUUGUCAAGAAUAUCAAUCUUCAAAUUUCGAAUCUUUAGAUAGUAGUUGCGAAGCAACGCUAUCAGAAAAAGAUUACAACAAAUCGGAAAGCUCGUAUGAAGAUAACUCAAAAUCCGAAAGCGAAUCGAAAAUUUAUCAAAAAAAUAAGAAUAAAGAUUCUUUGGGACGAAAAUCGAAGAAAAUUCCUCACAGGAAGAGCAUCGGAACUUACUUUGAAGUAUUAAAGUUGAGAAAUGACAGUAACAGCCCUUUAUCAAACGAAGAUAACACAAGUAACGAUUACGACAAUUUGGACUCAUUACCACCGGAAACUAAUAAUUAUAAAACAAGUGUAUUAGCAGAAAAUUUGUUUGGUGAAAAUGAUGAUUUAACACUUAUUUUACAUUCUGAAAAAUCUGUUAAUAAUAGUGAAAAUUCCGAAGAUACUAACAUCGAAGAAGAAAAGAAGCAAUCGACUAUAACAGAAUCUAUACCAGUCUUUGAAGGAGGUGAAGAAACCAAUGAUAACUGGUAUGCAAGUGCCAGCGAUCAAGAAGACGAUGAGCAAAGAGAUAUUUACAGAAAUAAUCCCGUGUUAGAAUGCAUGAAUCAAAUUUUGCUACAAAAUAUCAAUGAUACUUUGAAUUCACCUCCUAAAACUCCAAACAUUGAAAGAAAACCGGUGAAAAAUAAAAGAGUAAAAUUCAGCGACGAAGAAAAUAAAAGCGAAAUUAAAGAAACCGAAUUGACACAAGAAAAUUUAAAAGAAAAUGAAGAAAAUAAUCAUGAUUACUACGAAACACCUAUACAAAAAUCCCCCAAUUUUUACGAAACCCCUCAAAGUAUAUACAGUAAUGAUUACGAACAGAUUCUGAGUAAAUGUAACGAAACUUUUAACUCAUCCGAAGAACAAAAUGAAAACAAAACUAGUCAUUACUACAUAGAUAUGGAGGACAAAACUAAAAAUAUCGAUAAUGAAAACAGAUUAGUCAAAAAAAGUAAAAUUUUAAGAACCCCACCUGCUUUACCUCCCAAACCAGUAAACUUGGUAUCCAAAUAUAAGCUACAUAUUGUUUCUAAAUCACCUCCGUCUGAAAUAAGCAGCGACAGUACUGCUGAAUGCGAACCUGAUUAUUGUUCAAUAUCCGAAUUGAAUUUACCACAAAAUAAAAAUAUGGUUUCCUUUAAAAAAAUCAACGUCGUAGCUGAAAUAAAUGCGCCUACAUCUCUUGACGUACUUAACAAAAUCAACACGAACGAUUCUUCGACUAAAUUGGAAAAUAGCCCAGAAAACUCUAAUUUGAUAGUAAAAAAAUGCGUCGAAAAAUUGAAUAUUCAACUAGCCAAACAAACCCCCAUCAAAUCGGAAUCUACUUCGCCCAAAAAGAAGAUCGAUAUCGAGAUUCCGAAGCUACCACAAGUUUCCGAAAUACUAAUACCAGAAUCCGAAGAUGAGGAAAGGGAUAAAGAGGACAGAAUCGCUCAAGAUAAUUACAUGAGAAACAACACAGAAAUUUUGAAGCUCAAAACGAACCGAAAACCUAUCGUUAUAAGCUCGUCCGUAUCUAGUCUUAUAAAUAGUUUUAACAAUCAUCAAGCUUUACACGAAAUAAAGCAAAGUCCUGAUAAACUUAAAUCGAAUAAAACGAUGUUUUCUAGUUUUGAAAGUAUCCAAAACUCAGAAAAACACACAACGACUUCGGUCGAUGAUUCUAAAUCUCCCAAUUUUGAAAAAUUUGAUCUAAGUCAAAAUUUCGAAGAGUUUAAAUUAGACGAUUGCGAAAUCGAAGAGUAUACCGUCGAAGAAAUCAAAGAUAAUGAUAUUAGCGACAAAUCUAACUCGACCAGAGUGGAUCUCAUUCGAGUUACAGACAUUGCGACACCAGUUUUGAAUAGAAAUUCGGUAGAACUACUCAAAAAACAAUUGGAAUUACAGAAAGCGCAAGGAGAUAAGGAUCAUAAUAACAAAAAGCCAUUUCCGAGACCGAACCAACCGACUUACGAACACUUUUUGGAAUGUACGGGUCUAAGUACUAAAUCCAUAUUAACACCAUCGAGAAUGCUCAGUAAUCACAAAGGUAUUUUGAAACCUAAGGACGUUAAACUUCGAUCGAAAGUUAAAGCAAACAAUAUGUCAGAAAGGCAUAGUACUACUACAAUGAAAUAUUGGUCCGAACCGUACAUUUAAAUAAUAUUUUUUUAUUUAUUUUAUUAACAUAGUGUGUUCAUACAGUAACUGGCUAAUAUUUCGGUUUUUAGCACCGUUUAACAUAAAACUAGCUUUAUCAGAAAAUAUUACAUCGAAAAAAGGUGUAGGAUCGAUAGAGAACUGAAAAAUAUUUUAGGUUUGCUCAGUAAAAAAUUUUCGUAACAAGAUAAUUUUCAAAUCAAAAUAUUCCGAAAACGGUUUUAUCAAAAGUACAUUUUUGAUGUAAAAUUAAAUGAUGUUUAAGUUCACUUGAAAUUUUGCUUAAUAAAUCUAAUAUAGAAAAAGUUAUAUUUAAUACUACUUGGUACAAACCGCGUGACUAGCGCCCUCUAUGAGAGUCAGAUAUUAAACAACAGAUUUAUUGAAUUUAUCAGCUUCUAAAACAUAUUCGUAUAAAAUUUCGAUCCAAUAGUGACAGUAGUUGCGGCAAAAAUUUAUUUUCUUGUUCGUUUUGUAUUCAUUUACAUACGGAAAGUUGCGUUUUGAGUGUUCCAUGUACUGAAAGUGACAGUUGACAGUUCCGUACUGCAAAACACUUUCGGGACGUUAUGGAGUAGCUUUAACUUCCUUAAAUGUGACUCUAGCCACUUCAAUGUUGACAGUUGACAGUUUCACUUCGAUGAUUUUGCAUAAUUUUAUUAUUAUUAUUUUCAGUCCUUGGUAUACAAAUAACUAUUUCAACGCCCUGUAUCUUAAAUACGGAUGGCGUUACAAAAUUUUUUUAUGAAGCAAACCCCAAAUAUUUUUCAGUUUUCUAUCUAUCCUAGAGGCACGGUCACCUUUUUUUGAAACGCCAUGAACGUCAGCAAUAAUUUUCAAAUCAAAAUUUCUGUCAAAUAACGUUGACUCAUUUUAGAUUUUGGCGUAAUUUUGAGAAACUCUUCUUUAGGGUCCCAAUAAACAAAAGUUACACGAGUGUGAUUUAUACAAGCGCUUAUAUAACUAAAGACUUUAAAAUCGAUAUUUUCAAGCUAGAUCAACUUUUGCUGUAAAAUGUUUCUAUUAGAAAAUCGAGACCAAUCAAGAACCAAAUGCCAACAUUUCUAUUUGUGAUGCUUGGUUCAAAACUAAAAGAUUAUUUCCUUGUUAGCAACGGAUCCAAUUAUGCUGAAUUUAUUAACUCAUAAACGUCGCUUAUCUAUCUAUGAAGGCAUAGAGUUAAUAUAGAAGAUAGAAACAUCGAUUCAUUAUUAACCUGUCAGAUCGAACUUGAAGGUCAUGAUGUCCAUAAUAAUAAUGCAGGGAUAACAAACUUUCACAGGCUUGUCUUAGCCUCAUUUCAGGACUUUUAUCUUACGAGAUUUAUUUUGUGCGAAGCUCAAUUUUUGUGAGGACGUUUCACUAUCAAAUUAAUCCCUUGUGAUGGAUCACGAACCUUUUAUUCAUUCCCUGUUGAUUAAUGAUGAUGAUUUCACAAGAAAAUCGACCUUUUUUGACGUUGUUAUGAAAUCCUGGCCAAGUCGGUCGAAAACCGGCCUAUUCGACCAGCUUUGUCGGAGUGUUUGACAUUCAUCAAUACUAAUUAAAUUUCAAUUUCUUAAAGUAAUAUCACGAAAUAUCUUUGAUAUUUAAAGCUUGUUUUCAUUUUAUUUUUUUGGAAACUCCAAAAAAAAUGUCGAGUAUUGAGGUCUAACUCUAACGAGAAACAUUAAUUAAGUUUAUUAGCUGUAGCUCAAAAUCUGAUCAUUGAUUAUGGGUAACCUUAAAGCAAAUAUCUUAUAAAACUCAAAUUUUAACAUCAAAUUAAAAUCUAUCGUAUUUUAUAACCACCCAAUGUUUAUUUUAAAAAUUGAUUCUCGAGAGAAUAGAAAGUUAUUUGGAAUUUUUUAUUUUAUUAAUAGAUGAACCUUUUAUUUGUAAUAUCGCUAUAUAUUUUUUUAUUUUUUUAUCUUUAUUCUCCAAAAAUUCAAGUGCUCUGUAUAAGAAACUUCAAUGUUAUUUUAAUUAUACAACGGUUUAUCCUAUUUAUUUGCGUAUUUUGAAACGUGAGAUCAAUAUGUUAUUUUCAAAUCAACUUUUAUAAUGUAAUUUUUUCAAUUUAUAGUCUUAUUAAAACAUUAAAACACUAACUAUUAUCAUUAUAUAUUUACCUAACUAGAAACCGGUAACUUCAUCUCGUUGAUAAUCAGAUAAAAAAUGCUAAUGACUGUGUACUAUUAAAAAAUUCAUCAUAUUCAAGCUAUCGUUCAAAAAUUACUGUCAAAGUGGGAGAUAUUUUUUUACAACCAUUGUAUAUCAGCAAAUGACUGCAACAGGGAUAAUUUUUGUCGCCUAAACUCUUCAAAAUAUUUCCUGAACUAGCUCUUAACGAACGAUUUUCUCUUAGUCUGAAUGAGUUGCGGUUUUCUUUUUAUUUUUUUACUUACACAAGUUCUCUAAAUGAUGCAAAAGUUCGGGUAUACAAAGGAGAACAAGAGAGAAUCAUAGUUGAGACAGCAUAAUUUAUUUUAUUUUAAUAGAAUCAUCAUUUUCGUGUCCUUAUGACAAUUUCCUAAUACUUUUCUUUUAAUGAUUGGCUCUUUCGAAUUGUUUAGGAAAAAGAUCUGCCUCAACAGUAUGUUUCAUCGCUCCAAAAUAAACAAAUCUGCAUAUAGAGCAGAUGUUGUUGUAUGUUUGAAUGCUUAAGAGCUCCUCAAUUGUACGAUAUUGGUUUGUUUCCACUUUUGCCCUUGGCAGUUCGUUAUUUAAUCUUGUUGGUUUUUCUGAUCGAUACCAAACACACAGAAGCGCCUUUUUGGGAUGUAAACUCGACGCAGUACUGCUUGGUGAUUCAUUUGGAGAUAGCCACUGCCUUUUGUGUCUGGUAUUAUCAUCUAAUAUCCACUAUAAUACGAUUCUGUAUAAAACCUUUGAAGCAUGUAAUGAAUCGAUUAACAGUUCGAACAGAUCAUAAAGGAUUCUAUUCUGCUGCAGAUGUUGUUGGAUGGAUCGAAUGCUUAAGAGUUCCAUGAAAAAGUCACAAUAGCCUUAAAGCGUCUUCUACACGACUUCAAAGUAUAUAAUGAGCCGACAAAUGAUAGUCAAAUACCAGAUGUCAAAGGAGGAAAUGGAAAAAACAAUUCUCGAAAUUGAAAAAAGAAAAGACGAAAGUAAAAAUUGAAAUAUUUAUUAGGUAGGCGUAAUCUUUGUCGUUUAAAACGAUGUAAUUGAAAUCAUCACAUGUUUUGCCUUGUAGAUUGUUUGUGUCUAUAAUAAAGCACUAACAGAUGAUACAAUUUGUUCAUUUCCUUUGUCCACUGAGUUGCUAGUAAUCAGAACUCUCAAUAUUUGAUGAUUUAACGCAGAUAUAAUUCUCCAAUUAAAGUCUGACAUAAUCAAAAAACUUGUUCAUAUAGGAGAGACAAUACUUAUGGAAAUGUAUGUCAACGGCUUUCAAUACUAUCAAUUAAACUUUUCUAACGGUUGUAAUCAUUUAUUCAAAUACUCAAGAAACGUCUCAUGUCUUUCAUGAAAUGGCAUCUAGCUACAACACUGAACAUAUUUCUUACAGUUUAUUAACAAUAUUUUCAAAAUCCGCAAAUUUUAAGGGUGUUUAAUUGAAAGUACAGACUAUAUUAAAAGAGGCCAUAACGCGACUCGCGAACCAUAUGCGGUUCCUAACUUGACACUCGAUUUGGCAGCGCCGCAUUAGAUUAUGCAACAUUGUACACGACGCGCGCUAUCAGUCACGAUAUGCACGCAAUCUAUAUACAGUGUAUACAGCAGACGCCAGCCAGUUUGAACACGUUGACUGCCAAGGCAAUUUCCACAAUUCCAUUAAAUCAUUAAAACUAAUAAUUUAAACAAAAAGUUAUCACUGAAAGGUAUAGAAAACGUAGAAUUUAAAAAAAAACUUUUAUUUCCUUGUUGAAUUAUGUAAAAAAAAUUCUUCAGGGGAGGUUAAUUAUGAGUUAUUUUGUAGUUGGCAGUCAACUUGUUAAACAGAUAUCGUGGUAGCUUUCUUAAAUUGAUUGAUUAAUUGUUUAUGUAGAAUUAUGAGACUUAAGAUAAUAAAUGUCGACCAAAAAACGUUAAUAUGAAGAAAAGAAUCGAAAUUUUAAUAAUAACUGGAAAGAAAAAAGAGAAGCCUAUGUGUCACAUGUCAAUCUUUUGAAGCUCGUAGCAGGCAAACUUGAAAAAUAUAUUCACUUAAAAUAUUUGAAUAUUUCCACGCACGGGUUUCCGCGGAAACAUUUGAAUUAUUCCAUUCUGCUACUUUUUGCGAUGUAAUGUAAUUAGUAAUUAACGAAAAUUCGUCGAAAACUUCAGUAUCUUUAUUACAGUCAUUAUAUUGCUUUUCAAUCAACAUAUUCAUAGAUUUUUGGAAUAUAUUCUAAUAUUUUCUAAAUCUGCACAAUUAAAUAUCUCCAGAUAUUCAGGCCGUCUGCUAUUCAAAUUUUCGCACGGUUUCUGAAAACGAAUUUUGCGUCCCGAAGUUCAUUUUGGUGAUACUGGAACUCGUAAUAAUAAUAAAAAAGGACAGUUCCGUUCAAAACGGGAUGUAUGGUUACGUUUUUUUGACAUAUCCUAGUAUUUGUGUAAUUUUUCAAACAAAAAAUAUCAACUAUUUUAUUCUGUAAAUGAUUUCCACACUGUAAGUGGUUCGAAGAAAAAGUCAUGGUGUAAUAUUGGUUAACGUGGUUACUUUAUAUCUUUUACAUUGUAAUUGUUAUAAAUUUUUAUAGCUACCGUUGAUCCUUCGACUAUAAAAUGAGUAAUGACGACAUUAAAACUAAUUUUUCGAAGUGUUUCUUAUACAAUGUAUCUUUCUUAUAUUGAAAUAUUUUUAAGUUUAAUAUUAUAAAUGUUUAUUAUUAUACGUAUCCUUUUGUUGUGAAUACGAUGUAAGAAAUGUCAAAUAUUGUUUAUAUAAAAAUAAAUUAUUGCUCUUGC